AUGUCACAGUUUGUUUACCCACAGGAGGUCUCACCAUUUAUCGGCACUUUCUCGAGUUAUCCAUGGACAUUUCAAGAAAAGGGUAUGGCAUACCAGGGUUUGGAAUUGCAAUGUUUUAACGAACUUCAGGGAGAUAUGGCAGCUGUAAUGGAUGCGGAAAACGCAAAUUCGGUCCCUUCUUCCAUGCGCAGCCACCUUAAUCAGUUUCGUCAUCACAAUUACCAAGGUGGUUAUUCGUUCAGUCCUGCAUCUACCUCGACGUCCUCCUCGCAGGAACCCUCCCCCUCCCAUUCUACAAUUUCGCUAUUAACAUCCAGAUCUUCCAGUGCGUGCAGUAUGGACGACGCAAGAAGCGGCAAGCAGUCCAGUACUCAAUCGUUGAGCGAUGAGGUAGAGUGCACCAAGACUGGGGAGCAGGCUGGACAAGCAGAAUUCACAGGUAAUAUGCUGAAAUUCCCGCCCAUCUUGCCCUCUCAGACCAGCAGUAACCGGGGCCUUAUAUUUGUAUCCAAGAUCUGCCCGCUUUGUGGGAAGAGUUUUACAAGGAGAAGCACGCUACAAAUUCAUCUACUGAUCCACACAAAUCUUAAGCCAUUCAAGUGUUCUUUCUGUGAGAAAGAGUUUAACGUAAAGAGCAACCUAAACAGGCAUGAGAGAAUUCAUAGGCAGAAAGUUAUCUCCAACCAACCCUUUGUUCCCUCAGCACCAGCAAAAAAAAUAGCAUCUCUUGAUGAAUCGCAAAAUAAUCAUAAUUCCAACCCUAAUACUAAGCAUAAUGAUCAUGUUCGAAAUUUGAAACAAACCACUGAAAGACAAGAAGUCGUCCCAAAGUCCGUACAAGGACAACAAAAACUACCUUUACCCAGAAAGUCACCUCCAAGCUGUCACAAUGCGAACGUCAACUUUAGAGCCUCCGCUACAAAUAUUCUAUACCAAUAA